AUGUCUGAUCAGUCGCGUGCUUCCCUUAAUGCCCAAGAGGAGCGCGCGGGAAGUUUAACCGGCUCGCCGCAAGAGAAACUCGAAACUGCGACAGAAAAGGAACAACACGAGCAGGAACAGGACACAGUGGAACAGAAAGAGGAGGAAGAAUCACCGCACAACCAAAAUGAAGAAGACACAGCUGCUGCGCCUCCAUUACCUGACGAGGUCCCCCCACCACUUCCCGACGAAGCACCGCCUGGCCAGACCAAUGACGAUGGAUGGGAGCCCGUGUGGGAUGCCACAUCGCAAGCAUAUUAUUUCUACAACCGACUCACAGGACUCUCGCAAUGGGAGAACCCCCGUGUACCUGAACAGCCAGCAGCUCCCGACACAGAACCCACCGAGAACCAAGCAGAACCCCCGAGAACAAAGUCGCCUGUGCUUGGUGGAUAUAACCCUGCUAUCCACGGGAGUUAUGACCCGACAGCAUCGUAUGCGCAGCAAUACGAAGAGACACAAGACCUGAAAGCACCCGUGGUUGACCCGACUGCCGCUUAUGCUGCCGCUGGAACCUUCAACCGGUUUACUGGUCGAUGGCAGGCACAGUCGAUCAACCCGGAAAACCACAACGACGAGAACAAGUCUCACCGCCAGAUGAAUGCGUACUUUGACGUCGAUGCUGCGGCCAACGCACACGAUGGUCGGAGUCUGCGGGCUGAGCGAAGCGCUAAGAGACUGAGCAAGAAAGAGCUGAAAGAGUUCAAGGAAAAGCGCCGAGAGAAGAAGGAGGAAAGGCGGAGAGCAUGGUUACGGGAUUGA